AUGUCGACCACGACAGACAACGCUGUCCCAAAGACGGACCGUGGCAGAUUCAGCUUCCAACAUCGGUGGUUUGAAAGGACCCUCGAGCACUGGGAAGAGCGCACUAGCUCUCUCCGUGGUAAAAAGCUGAGAGUCAUGGAAGUCGGCUCCUUCGAAGGUGGCUCCGCGACGUGGAUCCUUGACAACCUGAUGGACCAUCCAGAGUCGACCUUCACCACCAUCGACACCUUUGGCGGGAGCAUGGAAUUCCAAAAUGACACGUACAAGGAAUUCGACGCAUAUGACAUACCCUCGCUGGAGAAGCGCUUCCGGUCCAACGUGGCAAAAUGUCAGCACGCCAACAAGCUGAACAUCAUCAAGCAGUCGAGCCUCGAUGCGCUACCCAUGCUGAAGCACCAAGGCGCCCGGUUCGACUUCAUCUACAUCGACGGAUCCCACGUCGCCUUUGAUGUUUUGCACGACGCCGUUCUCGCCUGGAACAUGCUUGAGGUCGGAGGCACUAUCGUCUUUGACGACUACACUUUGGACAGGUAUAAUGAGGAGAGCUAUAACCCGGCUGUCGCGGUCGAUUCGCUCAUCCGGUGCGCGGCCGCCCAUGCGCAAGCUGUCCAGGCGGGGUCUCAGAUGUGGGUCAAAAAGGUGCCUGAGCAGUUUCCGCCCACUCUCAACCCCAAGAGGGAACUGAUUGUCGAGGACAACUGA